CGCACCAGGAAGUCCAGCCGCUGUUGCUGUCAUGUGACUGUGACACAGGCGCUUCCCGAAAGUCAACACAGCAACAGUGGAACAACUCAACAUGGCUCCCAAACCUGAACUUCCAAACGCUGCAGCGAUCGUCUGGCUGAUAUUCCUGUCUCUGAUCCCCCCGGCGGAGGCUUACGAUGCUGGCGACGCAUUAGCCCUGCUGCUGGGCACCAUCGUGACCGGCGUGGGUUUCUGUGCCUUCCUCGGCUGGUACGCACGGAAGCGGAACGGACAACAGUGAAAGACACUGUCUUGGUUUGGUCGUGCGCCUGUCCUGUUCUCAUCCACCGCAUUAACAUCUCUCUGCCUGAUUUAACGUGGACCUCCUGGCACAGGGUUUGUGUCGGAUCGACUGAUACGUGCCUUAUUGGACUAAUGCUUCAAACACAACGGGAACCACGUGCCCUCUGUUCCAGAAGAUGGUGGGAAGCAUCCAGGAAGCCUUAUAACAGGAAAUGUAAUGUGUUGCCAUGCUGAAACCAAACACUGUUGCCUUCUAUAUAAAAGGACUUCUGCGAAUACGCUACUGUAUAUUAUCCCAAGGAUUCUUGCAAUCAUAUUGUGCUUACUCUCCAUGCUUGGAGUGCUUACUGUUUCCUGAUUCAUUGUUAGAAGCACAAUCCCAUAGGUGUGGCUACAUUAAAAGAGUGCAGCUGUUGUAGCAGCAUUUUCUGUGGUUAAAAUAUGUGGCAAAAGCUGUGAGAAAAAUAAAUUUAUUUAUCUGAUGCUCUUCUC